GUGGCCUCUUAGAAGUCUGCCUGCCAACAUGUUGCUGCCGGUGGCCUCUCUGUGUCUCCUGGCAGCCCUUGCCAGUGCCCGCAGUGUUCCCUACUUCCCUCCUCUCUCUCACGACUUGGUGAAUUACGUUAACAAACUGAACACUACGUGGCAGGCUGGGCAUAACUUUUACAAUGUUGACAUGAGUUAUGUGAAAAAGUUAUGUGGUACAUUCUUGAAUGGCCCUAAACUUCCAACAAGGUUAGACUUUGUAGGUGACAUGGAGUUACCUGACAGCUUUGACUCCAGGCAGCAGUGGCCAAACUGUCCAACAAUUAGCGAGAUCAGAGAUCAAGGUUCUUGCGGCUCUUGCUGGGCAUUUGGUGCAGUGGAAGCCAUGUCCGACCGAGUUUGUGUGCACACCAAUGCCAAGGUGAAUGUGGAGAUCUCUGCUGAAGACUUACUGUCUUGUUGUGGUUUUCAAUGCGGGAUGGGUUGCGAUGGAGGCUUUCCCGCGGGUGCAUGGCAGUACUGGACGGAAGGAGGCCUGGUAUCUGGUGGGCUUUAUGACUCGCAUAUUGGCUGCAGGCCCUAUUCUAUCCCACCCUGUGAGCAUCACAUCAACGGAUCCCGACCCCAGUGCACUGGGGAGGGUGGUGACACUCCCAAAUGCGUGAAGCAAUGUGAAGAUGGCUACGCUCCAUCAUACCAACGUGACAAACACUAUGGGGCUACCUCCUAUAGCGUCCCUCGCAGUGAAAAGGAAAUAAUGGCAGAGAUUUACAAGAAUGGGCCAGUGGAAGGAGCUUUCGUGGUGUACUCUGACUUCCUCAUGUACAAAUCAGGCGUCUAUCAGCAUGUCUCUGGAGAGGAAGUUGGGGGACACGCUAUCAGAAUCCUUGGCUGGGGAGUAGAAAAUGGCACCCCUUACUGGUUGGCGGCUAAUUCCUGGAACACUGACUGGGGCGACAAUGGCUACUUUAAAAUCCUCCGAGGGCAGGAUCACUGUGGAAUUGAGUCUGAGAUUGUCGCUGGCAUCCCAAGCACAUCCCACUACUGGAAUCAGCUGUGA